AUGCUGGAACCCUAUCCUCGCUACUCGGCAGGAAACGAACGUGAUAUGUCAGUGUCAGCAUUCGGCGACCCUUUCGGUGAUGUAUCGGGCAAUUCAAGUUUCAAUCCAAAUGACGACCCAUUCGCUGCCUUUACCGCACCACCUGAUACUACUUCGGCUAGUCAUGGCGAUCCAUUUGGGGUCGACAUGCCUGGGAGCAGUCCAUCGGAGAAUGUGCCUUCAGCUGACGAUUCUACCCCACAGAAUCAAAAUGAGAGUGAAAUAGGUGAAUCACCCGCGAAAGGUGACGAUAUCGCAAACUCUGCUGAUACAUACCUUUUUGGAUCGUCGAGUCAAGACACUAGCACUGUUCCUCAGAUCGUGGCAACGGAUGACAACGACUCCUUGGGGUCCGCUGUAGAAUCUGUACCGUUCCCCUGUACGGAUAAGAAAGUUGUAGGUCCGAGCUCCUCCAUCCCAUUACCAUCGGAUGUUACAAGCAAAAAGUCGCCUGGCCGAUCUCCAGGAUCCGGCAAAAGAAACAAAUUAAAACAAAAGCAGUCAAUUCCGACCUACGAUCCGCCACCGUACUUCGCAGAUGCAGAGCCCCUGGAAUCGAACGUCACCCCAGCAGAGCAACCUGCGACUGGUAAUCAGGAUCAGCCACCACAACCAUUGGGCUUAACUGAUUCCGACCAGCUUCAACUAGCGAUGGAGCAGAGUCAGAAGGAGAUGUCUCCUGCUGAAAGAGAGGCCGCAGAAUUGGAAGCCGCGAUAAAGGCAAGCAUGAUGGAUCAAUGAAGGUGCAAGUAUAGCUAUGUAACUGCAUCUAUGCCAACGAUACCAAAUGGGGCGGCAGCCUCAAGCAGAAUCACCAUCUAGAGUAUUUUUGCAUGUAUAGUAUACUUUCGAAGGAACAUGUACUAAGAGUAGAUGAGAGCUACGUACAAAACCUA